AUGGCUCAACAAUCCAAUUAUAGAAAUAGCCAUCCAUCUGGUGGACACAAUACUGGACGCUCACAAAGACAGCCGGUGCCCUUUAUGACUAUUAUGAAGUCAAGAAUAAGACAACCACAAUUUUAUUGGUUUCUUGGUCACGUUAUGACGUUGUAUCAUUUUUUAAAACUGCAUUUAUCUUUGUUUAGUGUAAAUAAUCAAAGAUACCAUUAUAACAGGUCAUUAUUAUACAUUAUUAUAUCGUUCGGGAUAGUUUUAUAUCAGUUUAUCAGAAGUAAACAAUUGAAUGCGUCAAAUUUUUUUGUUAAUUUGUAUAAAUUGGAUAAUUUACAAUAUUUUACAUUAUAUUCGACAUUAUAUCUAUUAAAUAACCUAAGUGGUCAAAAAAUUAUCUUGAAUGGUGGAAUUAUAUCACCAACAAUAUUUUCACUUUUCCAUAUAUUGAAUUAUUUCAAGGAGAACUUAUUACCAUAUUUAACUAUAAUACCACAAAAAUCAAUGAUAAGCUCGUUAAUUACAAUGUUCAUUAGUAAUUAUAAUGAAAAAUGCUUAAUACUUGCACAGUCAUGGGAAAUAAUACUGAUGUUUCGUUAUGUGGUAAUGAGUGUACCUAUAAUACUUUUAAAAAUUUUGACAAAUUUAAUAGUGUUUCAAAGAUUCAGUGGAUUGUUAUUUGGUCAAUUGUUAAUGAUUCUGGUCUAUGUUAAAUUCAUUAAAUGGAGAUGCAUUGCAAACAAACAAUUCUCAUCGAUAUUCAAUGAAAUGGUUAAGAGAAUAGAAUUAUUAUUAAAUCGUUAUGCAAAUGAUCAAUUCGUAUUCAUAUUACCUCUUUGGAGCCGCAUUAAAGAAAUGAUAGUUACAUAUAUAUAA